AUGCCGCCGCGCCGCCAGGGAGUUUCGGGCUACCGCGGCGUCCGCGCGCGCCCCUCCAGCACCUUCUCCGCCGAGAUUCGGUCCGGCAACGUGCGCCUCGGCCUCGGCACCUUCGACACCGCCCACGAGGCCACCCUCGCGUACGCGGCGGCGUGGCGCCUCCGACGGUCCCGUAGGUACAUGAACUUCCCGGAGGUGCCGACGCGGGAGCUGGCACCUCCCCCGCGGCUUAUCACCGACGAGGAUCGUCGCGAGAACCGGAGGCGGGAGCGUCGUCUCAGCCUCGCCUAG